GGCCGGCGAGCCCCGUCUGCCCGCUCCUUCCGACGGCUGGGCAGCACCCCCCGGCUCCGACCCCCACCCCCGGCUGCCCCGGGGCUGGCUCUGCCGCCGAGCUCUGCGGCCGCGUCCCCAGGCUCCCGCCGGACCGGCCCUGGGACGGGGAUCGCGGGAGCCCGCGGUGCCGUGACAAGGGGACGUGGUGGUGUCCGGUCCCCGGGGUGCUCUGGGCCGCCAUCCCCGGCACGCGCAGCUUGUGUCCCCUUCGCCCCAUCACGGGCAGCCCGGCCCCGUUACGCUGCCCACGUCGCCUGGCACGGCCUCCCAAACCGGGCCGGGCCGAACCAGCCCCGGGAGCCAGCGGCAGCCCACCCGCAGGAGGGUGGGACAAGCCGUAGCACACGGAUGAGUUUGUCGGGUCUCAGCACAGGGUCUGGGCAUGCAAUGGGGCAUGCAAUGAGGUGGAGGGUGAAAGGGUGCCAUGUAUUGGGGUGAGAGCCCUGGAGCUGGCAUCAGAGGGACCCUUCUCACUGACACCCGGCUCCUCCCUCCUCUCCAUCCCUUGCCCUGGCUGGCGGCGGUCACCGGAGGAGGCUGCUCUGACCGUGUCCCCCCACAGUACAUGGGGUGCAUCGAGGUGCUGCGCUCCAUGAGGUCUCUUGACUUCAACACCCGGACACAGGUCACCAGGGAAGCCAUCAACAGACUCUACGAGGCCGUGCCGGGCGUGAAGGGCAUCUGGAAGAAGAAGGCUCCCAACAAAGCCCUUUUCUCCAUCCUGGGCAAGAGCAACCUCCGCUUCGCUGGCAUGAGCAUCGCUGUCAACAUCUCCGUCGACGGGCUGAACCUCAUGAUCCCCACCACGCGCCAGAUCAUCGCCAACCACCACAUGCAAUCCAUCUCCUUCGCUUCUGGCGGGGACACGGACACCACGGACUAUGUCGCCUACGUCGCCAAGGACCCCAUCAACCAGAGAGCCUGCCACAUCCUGGAGUGCUGCGAGGGGCUGGCACAGAGCGUCAUCAGCACGGUGGGACAGGCCUUCGAGCUGCGCUUCAAGCAGUACCUGCACAGCCCCCCCAAGGUGGUGGCACCCCCGGACAGGGCUCUGGGUGCAGAGGAAUCAGCCUGGGGGGAGGACGAGGAGGCGGCCGAGCACGAUUACUACAACAGCAUCCCGGGGAAGGAGCCGCCCCCGGGGGGGCUGAUCGACUCCCGGCUCCGGCACGGCACCAUCCUGGGCCACGUCCACAACCAGCCCUCCGGCUCCAGCGCCCCCAGCCAGGGUGGGUUCGCAGCCAGGCGAGACCAGAGCAGCCAGCCGGGGCCACCCUGGGACCUGGAGAGCCAGGGUGGGUACCGCUGCGGGGGGACCCCGGGGACGGCGGACGGCCACCCCCUGGGCCCCCGGGACUACGAGGAGCACAUGUACGUGAACACGCAGAGCCUGGACGCCUGGGAGCCAGAGGCGGCGGCUCGUGGGGUGCCAGAGGAGAGCCCCAAAAAGGACCUCUUUGACAUGAGGCCAUUUGAGGAUGCCCUGAAACUCCAUGAGUGCAUCGCGGGGGGCAGCACCAGCCCCCCCAUCGAGGACCAGUGGCCGAGCCCCCCCACGCGGAAGGCCCCCAUCGCCCCCACGGAGGAGCAGCUGAGGCGGGAGCCGUGGUACCACGGGAAGAUGAGCCGUCGGGACGCUGAGAGGCUGUUGCAGGCGGACGGGGACUUCCUGGUGCGGGACAGUCUCACCAACCCGGGGCAGUACGUGCUGACGGGGAUGCACAGCGGGCAGCCCAAGCAUCUGCUGCUGGUGGAUCCCGAGGGCGUGGUAAGGACCAAGGACGUGCUGUUUGAGAGCAUCAGCCACCUCAUCAACCACCACCGGCAGAACGAGCAGCCCAUCGUGGCCGCGGAGAGUGAGCUGCACCUCCGCCAGGUCGUCCGCAGGAAGCAGUGAUGCCGGGCGGUACGUGAGCCCCCGAUCUGCUCCCCUGGUUCCAGACUUGCCCCAGACCCAGGGCAAACCUGGGGCUCCUCCACUCUCCCCUCUUCUGGUUGUGCCUGCCCUCGGGGGAGCAAAGCCCCCAAACCCCCAGGGUUGGGCUCCCCAUCCCCCUCCCCAGUGGGGCCUCGUGGUCCCUGGUCCUGAAGGGCACCCCCCAUCGCUGUGUCCCAUCCAUCGUCCCCGUGCGUCCCCUUGCCCAGCUGGACACGAAGAUGUUUAUUCCAUGUGUGGAGGCAAAACGGGGUGUGAGUGACUGGGUGGCCCCAUUGAGGGGGACCGACCUGCCUGGGGCUGCCCUGUCCCCUCUGGCCUGGGGUCCUCCCUGUGUGGGGCUGUGUGCCCCCAGCCCGUGGUACCACCAGCUCCCACUUGCCCCACGUUGCGGCCCCCGGUGCCGGCUCCAUCCCGGCACAUGGAACUGGUCUCUGGACGAUGAUGGAGCAAACGGGGUUGGGACUGGUGCCAGGAGCCUCAUCCCAGGGCUCCCAGGGUGGGAUGGGCCGAGGGGGCUCAGUGUGUGCGUGCGUGUGUGCAUUGGUGUGUGAGUGUGCAUGUGUAUCUGUGUGUGUGCCUGUGCACAGGUGUGUGAGGGGCAGCCGGGGGACCAGCCCCCUGCCCACAGAGCCGUGCCUCUCACCCAACACUGCUGCUCAGGACCCGACUCCCUGCAUCAUUCCUCCCAACAUCUGGGAGUACCCCCCGUCCGUGGGGUCCCCCGUCCGUGGGGGCUGUGCCCCCCGGCUUGGCUCUGGCCGUGGGACUGGGCAUAAACAUCUCUUGGAGGCCGGUGCUGCUGGAUGUCCCUGUCGCUCCCACAUUUCCAGCUGGAUUCUCCCCAGGAGCUGCUGCCGUGUGAGGCUCCCGGUGGCGCUGAGCCCCCACAGCCCCCCCCGGGCUGGGGCCAGGACGAAGCUGCUGCGGGAGGCGCAGGGCAGGGUGAGCUGCUGGCACCGAGCGGCCAGGGCUGCCGGGAGGAGAGGAGUCCCACGGCCCCCAGGGACCCCCCCGGCCGGCUCGGGGCUUUGGCAGGUUUUUACGGCGUACACGUCCCCUUCUCCAGCGUGUCUGGCUCUGGGUGCGGGUUCGUGGUUUGGAAUAAGUUUCUAAUUAAACCUGGAAAUGAG